ACAAUGGCACAUCAGUAUCCGCUGAUCUGUAUUCCAGUAGCUCUGCAUCUUAAGCAUCCUAUUCCAUGUCUGUCCCAACCCCUAACCCCAUUCUCUUUCUUUCCUCACCAAUCAAACAUAAAUCUUGAAAUCUUCUGUUCACAGAAGUACUGCGAUUAAAAAUUUUUAAACUUUUGUUUGUUUGUUUGUUUUGGUUUAACAAGAAAGAACACUCUUUGUAUACAGUUAUCUUUAUUUAUUUUUUAAAAAUGUUUUUAAUAUAGAACAAUUGUGUAUAUAUGGACUGAAAGUCUGAAACCUCGAAAUCUUCGACCCUAGUGAAUGGUAUUUUCAAUUAAGAAAGGGGGGAACAAAGGUGAAACAGAGGAAUGAUUCAAUUGCAUUGCCCGCCCACCACAUGGAUGCCCACACCACCCACUCCAAGAUUCUAUCAGACAUCUCCUUCUAUGAGAAAGUCAUUGCAAUGCCCCUGCCGGUGCUUCCCACCUUCAGCUUCACGGAAGUCUUUCUCACCAAUAAGCAACAAUGGGACCAAUAUCAAUUAUCAGAUGAAAUGCAGAAAGUUGGAUUGCUUGCUGACUAAGAAUGCCUUGGGAUAUUUCAAUUCUUUGCUAUGGAAAAUGGAUCUUAAUAGUAAUUCUCAGCACAGGGCUCCCCAGUAAGACACAUAGUAGCAGCAUUGCCAUCAUAUGUCGCCUCUAGAUUGAUACAACUGGAUUCUAUGAAUAUGAAGACAACCGUAUUCCGAGAACUAUUAUUCUAUGCAAUUCAAGCAUUUGGUGCACAGAGUUUUCCUUUUGCUUGUAUAUCUAAUUCCUUGAACAAACCAAAACCUCUUGGAUUGGAAGUGUCCUUGCCUUCAUUUCAAGAUCUCAAAUGGAGUUUUUCACGGCUAAUAUAUUUAUUCAACAUACAACUUGAGAAAAAUGUUGCCAUGUUUUUUGUUGUGCUUCUUGUUUCAUGCUUUGUAUUUGUUCUGAUUGGUGGUUUCCUCUUCUUUAAGUUCAGGACCAAUGCACAUUCUCUUGAGGAUUGCUUUUGGGAGGCCUGGGCAUGCCUAUGUUCAUCAUCUACUCAUCUAAAACAAAGAACACGGAUUGAACGUGUGAUUGGCUUUGUGCUCGCUAUAUGGGGCAUUUUGUUCUAUUCUCGCCUGCUAAGUACCAUGACAGAACAGUUCAGGGAUAACAUGCACAAACUUAGAGAGGGAGCACAGAUGCAAGUUUUGGAAACUGAUCAUAUUAUUAUUUGUGGAGUUAAUAGUCGUCUGAUGUUCGUACUAAAACAGCUAAAUAAGUAUCAUGAGUUCGCUGUUCGCUUAGGUACUGCUACAGCUAGACGACAGAGGAUCCUUCUUUUGUCUGAUCUUCCUAGAAGGCAGAUGGACAAAAUGGUUGACACCAUGGCAAAAGAUCUCAAUCAUAUUGAUGUUCUUUCAAAAAGUUGCAGUCUAAGUUUGACAAGAUCAUUUGAAAGAGCAGCAGCUAAUAAGGCGCGCGCAAUUGUUAUAUUGCCAACUAAAGGAGAUCGGUACGAAAUUGAUACUGAUGCAUUUCUAUCUGUACUGGCUCUUCAACCUCUUCCAGAAAUGGCCUCUGUGCCCACUAUAGUUGAGGUUUCAAGUUCCAACACUUGUGAGCUUUUAAAAUCAAUUUCAGGAUUGAAAGUACAUCCUGUGCAGAAUGUUACAUCCAAGUUAUUUGUCCAGUGUUCUCGCCAGAAGGGACUUAUAAAAAUAUACAGACAGUUGCUUAACUAUCGAAAGAAUGUGUUUAAUCUAUGCAGUUUCCCCGACCUAGCAGGAUUGAGAUAUAAGCAAUUGAGACGUGGCUUUCAAGAGGCAGUUGUUUGUGGUCUGUAUCGAGGAGGGAAGAUAUAUUUCCACCCAAAUGAUGAUGAAGUAUUAGAACAAAGCGAUAAGAUUCUGUUUAUUGCACCCAUACAUGGGAAGAAGCAUCUACAGCUUGAUUGUUUGAAUAGAGAAGAAUGCGAUUACGGUAAGGAUGAUUCUGAAAAUGUGGAGAAGGAUGGUAGAUUUACAAAUCAUACUAUGGACAUUAGAAAAGCAAGGCUUGAGAACAUCGUGAAACGAACAAGAUUUGGUUCUAAGGCAUCAGAUUGGUCUUUGGGACCAAAAGAGUGCAUACUAAUGCUGGGAUGGCGGCCGGAUGUUGUUGAAAUGAUUGAAGAAUAUGACAAUUACCUGGGUCCCGGCAGUGUAUUGGAAGUCUUGUCCUAUGUUCCCUUGGAUGACAGAAAUAAAGCUAGUGGACUUACUGGUCAUGGGAAGCUAAGGAAUGUGCGAAUUUCUCACAGGAUUGGAAAUCCGAUGGACUAUGACACUCUGAAGGACACAAUUGUAAGCAUUCAAAAAUCUUUAAAGAAAGAUGAAGAUAUCACAUUCUCCAUUGUUGUGAUAUCUGAUCGAGAAUGGCUCCUUGGAGAUCCAUCCAAGGGAGAAAAGCAAUCUGCAUACUCUCUUCUCCUUGCUGAAAACAUUUGCAAUAAACUUGGGGUGAAGGUGCAAAACCUAGUUGCAGAAAUGGUUGAUUCCAAGUUUGGGAAACAGAUUACAAGAAUCAGGCCGUCCUUAACUUACGUUGCGGCGGAGGAAGUAAUGAGCCUUGUGACAGCUCAAGUUGCAGAAAACUGUGAGUUGGAUGAGGUCUGGAAAGACAUUUUAGAUGCCGAUGGGGAUGAAAUAUACAUCAAGGAUAUCGGCCUCUACAUGAAGGAAGGGGAGAAUCCUUCAUUUGCCGAGCUCAGUGAAAGAGCAUAUUUGCGAAGAGAAGUUGCCAUUGGUUAUGUCAAGAACAACAAAAACGUUCUGAACCCAAUUCCCAAGUCAGAGCCCCUUAAUCUUCAACUUGGUGACUCCCUGAUAGUCAUAUCAGAGCUUGAAGGAGAACAGCCUGUGGUCAUUGAAGCAGAGUCUUAAAGUUUUUAACUUUACAUAGAUUCAUGUAAUCCCAGGAAACUGCCCUUGUUUUCUUGAAUUAUUCCCAUUCAUUUUAUUGAUUAUUUUCCCCUUAAUUUCUAAUACAUUUUACCCUUCAUUUGAA